AGCUAGCUAAGACUGCGUCAAAAGGUUAACCUAGCUACAGUUUUUAUGGAGCUACUUAUAAUUUUGUUUCUAAGUUAGCCCACUUGCAAGAAAAUUCUCCAAUAAGACUAACGUUGUAGAUUAUUAGGGGGGAAACCAGUGGCAGUCCAGGUGAAGAUGAGGACUAUAACUUCAGCCAGUGGCCAAGAGGAGACAGUGACCGUCAGAAGAAGUGAAUCGGCGGAUGCUCAGGGGAUUGACAGCCUCAUCAGCCCCUCCGCUCUGGCGGUUUUUGGAAGGGUUAAUGUAAUUCAUCUUCUAGAGAAAGCCAACCUGGCCGUGACUCUGGCCAGUGAAAAGGAUGAAAUUCUGGCUCAUGCUUCCUUCUUCGAUCACCCUGUUGGAGACUUGGUGGAUCAGACUCACUGGGAACCUUUCCUGCAGAAACACUUCAGCGCUGAAAAAUGCACACCUUUGAACACACUCUUCCUUCACCUUUUCGUGGCACAGCCAGAUUUCGCCACAGCAAGUGUAAAGGAAGUAAUGAGGGCUGUCUUUAACGCGGUUGCAGAGCUUGAAUACAUCUGCCUGGUCAGCCCAAACGUUGGUGAUUUAGAGCCAGCGCUGGAUGAGAUAUUUGAACCGCUGCAGGGCCUGACUAACCCCGGGCCUCAGUGCUUAGCAUUAAUCUGCAACAGACAAGAGCACUGUCCAAGGCUUCAUAUCCGCCCAGCCAGGGUUGAAGAUCACGAUGACAUCAUGGGCAUAUUUGCAGAGCAGACAAAACUACUGUCAGUAAACCAGCCGUACUUCCUGGCAGAGCUCAUUGAGGCACAGAACGAGGAAAAUCACACCAUUGUUUGUGAGAGUGACGGAGUUGCCGUUGGCUUCAUCAGUGUCACUUCUGAUGUCGAUUUGAAACGGCUGCACGACAGCUUUGAGUUGAGUGAGUUUAACGGUUUGUACAAAUGGCAGCAAAUAAAACACUUUGAACCCGCUGCUCAGCCUGACUCAAGAGAUGAUAAAGAAGAACCGAGAAAAACCCAAACCCCCGAUUCACAGCAGCAGGAGGAGACACAGUCGACUGGAGCAGGACAUUUUUCGGGGAAAUCCAACGCUUUCUGUAUUCAGCUCUUCAUUAUUGACAAGAAUUAUGAAUUGAGAUCAGUGGACUUUAUUCCAUAUGUAUUCAAACUUUUCCCUGACCUGGACUUCUGCAUCAUCACUGUACCGUCGCUGUCCCCUGAGUUCCUGUUGCUGCAGAGCUUCCUCAGGGUGCCGCCCCGUGCCAGCAGCUUGCUGCUCCGUGAACUCUACGUCCUCCACCGCACCGGGCUCAGGAGUGUGGAGGUGAGGCCGGCUGUGGCUGCAGACCAACCAGCUGUGUCUGAUCUGGUAAAGGGUCUGAGCCUGAAGAAGUCCCUGCUGCAGGACCUGGACUGUUUCUAUGAGACCCGCAGAGACCCGGACGGGGUGCCGCUGCAGGCCUUCGUGGCCCAGGUGCACAGUCAGGUUGUGGGGAUAUUGAUCAUCAGAGACGAGCAGGACAUCGAGUACAUUCGUGCCCACUACAACAUCGAGAACUUCAUCUAUUUCAGCCAUCACCGCUACGAGGAGCACGCUCAGAUACGCCACUUUGUCAUCAAACCCUCCUUCCAGCACUUCACCAAACAGUUAUUAAAGGAGGUCCUCCGGCUGGCUCACAAAUCCUGCCUGUUCCACAGAAUCUACCCCUCCUACCACAGCCAAGAGAAUUCCUGCGUCCACCAUCUGGGUUUUGUCCUCGACUGUGCAGUCCCUGUCCGCCCGCGACGCCAGAUCAUCUACCCACUGGAGGAGCUUGGCAUCAACGUCCCUUCCAGGCAGAUCACCGAGGACCAGGCACCGUUUGCUCUCAGCCUCAUUAGCAGAAAGUUAACCAUGGAGCCAAAGGUCACCAUUAACGCCAGGAUUGUGGUGGUGGGGGCGUCAGAUACAGGUUUAUCUUUCCUUGAGGUGCUUUGUUUCUGCCCUCACCUGAGGUUCAAUAACCUGACCCUCAUCUCAACACACGGUUUCCCAAGCAACUACAUACACAAGGACAUCGGAUUUCUGUCCACAAGUCACGCAUACAGCAGCCGAGACUUGGCCCAGCUCCCUCUGCAUGCCUGCGUCCAUGUGGUGACUGGGAAGAUGGUGGGCAUCAACAGGAAGUCCAAAUACGUCCUUGUGUCUGGUGGUGAGAAGGUGCCCUACGAUCGCCUCAUCCUCUGUACAGGCCUGCAGUACCAAGUGCCCUGUCCUACUGGUGUGGAUCUAAGCCAGCCUGUCACAAACAGCCAGCUGCAGGCUCAGUCCGCUCACCGCAGAUACGCCGGGCCCGUCCCAUCCAACCUCUUCACCCUCAACGACCUCUGCGACUGCACGGCUGCUCACCGCUGGCUGUGUGCCAACUUUGUGGAGCUGGAGGAUAAUGCCGUCGUCUACGGAAACAGCAUCGAUGUCUUCACCACCACGGAGACUUUGCUCAGCCUUGGCGUCCGGGGAUAUCGUAUCCAUCUAGUCCUCCCACCUCCCGAGCCGGGCGUCUCCUGCUUCAGCGACCCUGUGAUCAAGAAGGCUGUGGCGACAGCCAUGGAAAAGGCUGAGGUCCAGGUCCACCAUAACUGCCUGCUGGCCCAGAUGAACAAUGGAGAACACCCCGAUCCUCUCACUUCUGUGUCAUUCACCACCGACGCAGAGCCCCUCCAUCUGCAGUGUGGAGUGUUCAUUAACCUCUCCAAUAAAGGAGUCGACUACAACGCCUUCAAGAGCAUCAACAACUCCUUCCUGGUCUUUGAUAGCAGACUAGUCAUAAAUGCCACUUUCCACACCAGCGAUUCAGCCAUUUGUGGUGCCGGACCUCUCACCAAAUUCUCCCGCUGCUACCAUGCAGACGAGUGGUCGCACGCCAACUUCAACUCCAAGGAAGUGGGCCAGGACCUGGCGGCCAUGUUGCUGCCACUCUUCGACCCGACGCUGGAGCCUGCGGACGAGCCUACACCUGAAAUGGAUCGUCUCGUACCGCUGUACAAACAGGCCAAGAUUCAAGGUGGAAAGCUGCCUGGAGGAUAUAACUACCUGCACGUUACUAAACCGUCCGCUACCAACCUGACAGGUCCUCCAGUUAAACAUUUACAGGACAGCGCUAUCGUGACCGGACGAGUGGAGACGGGGAACUACUUCUCUGUACAUCUCAACUGCAACGAGCUGGUGGAGACGUUCACCUGUUUCUCCCUGAAGCCCCUCCCCGUCUCCAAUUACCUGAGUCUGUACGGGAAACACCAGCAGCUGCUGGGCCAGCUGUCGACCCGCUACCACCAGGGCCUGAUCCACGACCUGUACAGUUUCUUCAGACAGAGCUGGUGUUUGGCCGUUUAUCACGACAGAUUCUCCGACUUUGAGCAGGAGCUUCAACAGAUCGCCUCAACUACAGACGAUGAGUCGAGGCAGCAGGUGAUGGAGGACGCCGACGACUCAAACGUCCCAUCUCUGGACAGAUUUAAAGAUGCUGAGAGUCGAGCGGCUCUGAGGAGCAGCGCUGUGAAAUAUCUGACCUACAACCGAAACCUGCUGCCCAUGUUCGCCUGCCCGGGACAGCUGUGACGUCAUGAGCGACAUCAACAAAGCUUUUUAAAUGUGUUCAAACGGCCGAAUAAACUGUUAAACUUAA